GCGGAUCGAGGGGUUUUAAAUAUGGCAUUCUUAUGGUGGCCAUCCGGCACCGUGACCAAGUCGGCCUUCUCGAGCAUUGCCAUCCCCAAGAACGACAGGACAAGCAUUGGUUAUCACGAGCCACCAUGAGCAUCGAGGUCUCCCUUUCUCCAAGCCAGUCUGGCUGGCAUUUCCCCGCCGACCGGCAGCUCGACUUUUUCUCAUCGAAUCUCCCUGUACCUGGAUACUCAGCUAAAACCAACAAGGACGAGCCCUCGAUACCUGAGUUGCCUCUGUUUGCCGAGGCGAGGUCUCAUGCCCUCGCAGACCCACACAAGGUUGCUGUCGUCGACAAGACCAAAGACCAAAGUUUUACCUUUGUCCAACUCCUGAAUGAUGUGGCAGCCUUAAAAGCUCAGAUCCAACGAUAUAUCUCAAGUUACGAUCCAGCGAUUUCAACCUUUGAGGAAGAACCGAGAGUCGCAUUUCUUGCACCCUCAGGGUAUGACUAUGUCGUCACCCAGUGGGCAGUAUGGGCCGCCGGGGCCGUUUCAGUGCCAUUAUGCACGUCUCACCCGCUCAAAGAACUCCAGUAUACGAUUUCGGACUCAGACCCGUCUCUGAUUAUUCUGCAUCCGUCAUUCCAGAAGUUCGAGGCUGGGCUGCAAGAACAAGCGCCAGGAAUCCCAAUUAUGCCGCUGACACCGCACACUCGAAGCUCAAAAAACUUUCCGUUUCUCCCCAGAUUUUCGACAGCUUUUCCAUUAUCUCGACGAGCCCUAAUUAUUUACACCUCCGGCACGACCUCGCGACCGAAAGGGUGCAUCUCGACACAUGAGACCAUUACCUUCCAAGCACGCAGCCUGGUUGAAGCUUGGAAAUAUAGCCGGUCCGAUCAUUUGAUCCACGUUCUUCCCCUUCACCAUGUCCACGGCAUCGUCAAUGGACUUACUGCCACACUACUUGCUGGAGGGACGGUGGAAAUGCAUCCGAAAUUCGACGCCAAGACGGUUUGGAAUCGGUGGUCUCAGAAAGGGUCGUCGACGAUGUUCAUGGCUGUUCCCACCGUGUAUUCAAGAUUAAUCGACUACUUUGACUCGAGCCUACGCGGAACGCCAUCCGAGACUGCCGCGCGAGAAGGCGUCCGGGCCCUCCGCCUUAUUGUCAGUGGGUCGGCUGCCCUGCCGGUGCCCACGAAGCGAAAGUUCGAGGAGAUCUCAGGCCAUGAAUUACUUGAGCGAUACGGCAUGACUGAGAUAGGGAUGGCCCUGAGCUGCGGCUUGGAGAAGGAGAAGCGCAUUGACGGGAGUGUUGGCUGGCCUUUGCCGGGUGUGCAGGUUCGCUUGACGGACGAGAAGACCGGUCAGGUCAUUACGUCUUCCGGCAAGGACGAGUCGGGUUUGAUUGAGAUCCGGGGACCCAAUGUGUUUACGGAGUAUUUCCGGAGAGCGGAAGCCACUGUUGAGUCGUUUACGGGAGACGGCUGGUUCAAGACGGGCGACGUGGCGAAACGGGAAGACAACGGCGCCUACUUCAUCCUUGGACGCGACAGUGUCGACAUCAUCAAGAGCGGCGGGUACAAGAUCUCGGCGUUGGAGGUCGAAAGGAAGAUUCUGGGGAACGAAUCCUUGAGCGGCCUUGUGGGAGAAGUGGUGGUUGUCGGCGUCGAGGACCAGGAAUGGGGCCAACGAGUCGCGGCCGUCAUCAAGCUCAAGGACUCGGCUGUCUCUACCGGCCUCGACCUGGCGACGCUCCGCAAACACCUGAAGGAAGACAUGGCCGCGUACAAAGUGCCCACGAUCCUGAAGGUCGUCGAGUCGAUCGACCGCAACGCGAUGGGCAAAGUCAACAAGAAGCAGAUUCUGCAGCAGUACUUUGGGCCCAAAGAGUGAUGCGAUGCGACUUUUUGCCGCGCGCGGAACGGCGGUCGGAAACACUUACCGGCGACAUUGUUCGGUGUUUUCGGAUGGUCGACUUCGCCGACGGGGUCAUGGAUACACGGUGCGAUACAAGCACGGAGGACGAAUGAGGACGAGUGUCUCAUUCCUCCGAUAGACAUACAUUGGACAUGGAGUGUGGAACGAGUGUGGAACGGAUUCCUCCCAUACAACCAUGCUUUCAAUCUCCCAUUCUCCCUCAUCUCGCCCGAGUCACUGUAUCUGGGUAUCUGGGUGAUCCUACCCCUAGUCCCCUAGUAGAGAAGGGUGAUGGAAUGGAUCGGAUCGAGAUGAAACGAGACCACCAGGGAACGCGAGAAAGCGGGUCUGGGGAUGAACAGACUUGAAACACGGACAGAGAGACACAAACAAGUACGAUUAGACCCUAUGCAGACGGGUGUCUGUCUAGGUACAAAACAGCUCCGAGGUCCCAUACUCCUCCCCUAACGCCUGUGCUCUGCUCUA